UCAAGGUCAAAGAUAUUUUGUACUAAAAACAACAGGCCCCCUUAUAACGGGAAGCUCGUACGUCAACGCAGAUCGAACACAACGAUAUGUCGGUCGACGACAAAUCACCGGAGCCUGCUAUACGCAGUGGAGAGGACUACAACACCAUAUUUGAUGAUCAGGCAUACUUGAAAGCAUACCAUGAUGGUGUAGAGGGACAUCCCGAUGAGCCGGAGUUUAUGCCUUUCGUUAUUAACACCCUUCAUACCAUAUUCAAUUCAGGCCUGAUUAAAGGUUCUCGUCUGCUGGAUAUUGGUAGCGGCCCUUGCAUCCACAACGUCAUAAGUGCAUCUAAGUGGUUUGACGAAAUUACAUUCACGGACUUUGCCGAUGUUAACCGAAGAGCACUGAAGAAAUGGUGGCAGAACGACGAUGGAGCUUGGAACUGGGAGCCGUUCUUCAAAUAUGUUGCUAAUCUAGAGGGGAACGCAGAUAAUUGGGAAGAAGACCAGAAGGCUUUCCGGAAGAAAAUUAAAGAUGUUCUUCAUUGUGAUAUCAAUAAAAUGAAUCCAAUCUACCCCAAUCAAUCCGAUCAUUUCGAUGCUGUGACGAGCUCCCUGUGUAUAGAAGCAAGCUGCGCAGACGUCCACGCCUACGAACAAGCAAUCAAGAAUGUCGUGUCUCUGUUGAAAGCUAAGGGUCACUUAGUGUUGGUAGGCGUUCUUGGCGAAUCCUAUUAUGAUGUAGGUGGAGAGAGAUUUUUCUGUUUGCCAUUGACAAAAGAUGAGGUAACGAGAGCUCUAGAGAAAGCAGGACUUGAAAACAUUGCCUGGUAUCCUUAUGAUACUAAAAGUGCUGACACGGUGUCUGAUUUUGCUGGUUGUUUCAUCGCUACAGCAACCAAAAAGGAAGAUGUGUAAAUUUUUGUUGACUUUAUGUGUGCUCUUUUAGAAUUUUUUUAUAUAACUUUGCGCCGUCAUUCCGUUAGCAUCAGACUCAUAAUAUUGAAUUUUGGCCCAGAUUUCUUGGGUGAUACGAAGAGGGGGUACAAUAUUAGACCAAAUUCCCAUACCUAGAUCGAACUAGUGGAAUCGGUCUAUCUCCGAGGGGAUUCUUGCUAAAUCGCUUUCAGCUUGAAAUGUGGUUGAUUUCUUAGAAAACAUCUAGAACAAAUAAUUUACGUUGCAUUAAGAGCAGUACGUAUAAGCAAAAACAAUCCCACAAAAAAGAACAAUAAUGACGAGGAUAAUGAUGACAAAGGCAGUUUUUUCCUUACUGUUCUCUGCCAGAUCAUUUUCAUUGAGGUAUAUUAUUGUACAGUUAAUUUUGUAGUAAUACACAGAAAAUGGGAAAUUUUAAUUUCAAACUUGCAGAACUGAUGUAAAUGAAAAUUCAUAAAAUACAAGUCGAGUUCGAAAAUGCGCAUUAUCCGACCAUUGGCAAAUAAAACCAAUUUUGUCGUAUAAAUAAUAUAGGGGGAUACUAAAAAUAAAAAGAAAAUUUCAGUAUUUUUUAUUUGUUUGUCUUUUACCUUGGUUGUUUAAUUAGAGAGUGUUCUUGUUCCUGACGACUAUUUAGUAAGCUACGUUUUUAUGCCGAUUGCUGUCCGGUGCCCUCUUCAUUCGUUGGCAUAUUUACUUGUAUCUUCAGUCGUAGGAACGCAAAUAGCCACAAUAUCUGUCAAGUAGUUCAGUUGGUCGUGUGGUAAUGUAUAAAAAUACAAGUCAAUGGACCCAAGAUCGCAGUUCAGACAGUGUAUCAUUUUUUUCUUUGACUUGUGCACAGUUGUUUGGGUGUUUUGUGCGCACAUAAUUCCACGUCGUUUUCUUUCAUUAUUAUUUCGGAAUUGACCUGUCUCACGACAUUUGACGGAUUAAAAUAUCUGAAGCAAAAAUAUCUGAAUUUUCAUUUUAUGUAGCAAAUAAAAACGGGGUAAGAAUCAUUUCAAAUGAUUGGUAAAUGAACCUAAAAGAGCACAGAAAAAGAGCACAAUGCCACCUUACUCUACUGUGAUGCCCCUCUCCCUUCCAUUUUGGUUUAAGUAUUUUUAACGAAUUUAAUAAAAGUGCCAUAUGUACCCAUAGAAGAAUGAAACAAAUGGAAACAUCUGAAACAAAAAAUUCGGAUGGUGCUCAUUAAAAUUCAAUUAAAAUAGAAAUUGCCAUCAGAUAACCCACGAAGCCGACUACAAUAUUGCCAAUCUUGGUAUAAAAUAUUUUCACAAUGGAACCUAUCUGGCGUAAUUUGGAUUCAGCGAUACUCCGAUAUAUCGAUUCCAUUUUAUGUCAAUUCAUAGCGAAAAUAAUUAUCAACAUCCUUCGCCUUCCCCUAGUUUUUAGUU